AACUACCGGUACCGUGGCUGAGUAAGUCACAAAAACGAAUAAGAAUACUGUAUAAGCGUUGUCUUUUCGUUCUACUAUUGGUUCCGUCUCACUGUAUCACAUUAGACUGUAUGCACCGAAGAUAGAAUUUGCAUCUUGACGUUGAACAUUCCGAGUUUGGAAAACAAUUAGAAUGUCUCACGUCAUCGGAAUGACUAACCGUAUUAGCCUUUGUCUCCAGCUCCUGGUGAUUGUAUCGGUCGCUACGAUUCCCCCGGCUUAUUCCUUUACCUCUGCCACCGUGUCUCCGCGAUCCAACCACCGGAGUCAGAAGUCUGCUAUCGCCAUGUCGUCUUCCGACGCCAAACAAGACGUACCCUAUGGAGCCUGGGAGUCCCCUAUUUCAAGCAAGUCCAUCACUGCGGGAUCCGUCGGGAUMGGUGGACUUCACGUUUCCCCUGACGGAAACGGAGGAGACAUCGUGUACUGGACGGAGGGUCGACCCCAAGAGGGCGGCCGCAAUGUCCUCUGUCGGUACGAUCCCACUUCCGAAGAAAAAUCGGAGCGUGACGCCGUUGACGUCACCCCCAAGGACACCAACGUGAGAAGCCGUGUCCACGAGUACGGGGGAGGCGCGGCAUUAUUUGCCGCUACCACCGAGGGCAGCGACAAGGAAGACACCUUGUUUUUCAUCGACUUUGCCUCGCAGCAGCAAUUCAAGCUCGCCCUGGACGGCGGGAGCGGCGAAAAAGAAGCCGCUACGACAGAUGAUACUGGCCGAUAUCGCUAUGCUGACGCCAUCUACGACAAGCAACGAAAACUCAUCAUAUGCGUGCGAGAAGACCACGGGGUGGACGGAAAGAGUUCCCCAAAGGAGGUAGUCAACGAGAUCGUGGCACUGGAUCCCAAUGAACCAGCGCGGGAACCAAAGGUGCUGGUGACCGGAACGGACUUUGUCGCUUCCCCUCGAUUGUCCCCCGAUGGAAAUACCCUUGUUUCCAUCGUCUGGGACCACCCCAACAUGCCCUGGGAUGCCACCAAGCUGGUCAGUGUUGCAUUGCCGGAGGGAGAUCUUUUGUCGUCGUCGACCGAAGUUGGAGAACCCACCGUGAUUGCGGGCCAGGAUGGCGACACCUCUGUCAUGCAACCCCUGUUCCAUCCUUCGACGGGGCAAUUGUUUUACAUCUCGGACGAAUCGGGCUAUUACAACAUGUACAUUCAGGACGGUGGUGAAGCGCACUCACUUUUGCCUAUGAAUGUCGACUUUGGAGGAAGCUCUCCAGGGUGGAUGCUGGGCCAGAUGGGCUACACGAUUUUGAAGGACGGACGGUUGGCGGCGGUGAUCAAACGGGACGGAUCGUCGGUGUUGAUCGUCGCAGACAUCUUGAACUACACACCCGGAACCCCGGUCGCGUCUGUUGAAUACACGUCGGACGACGGCCUCCCGAUGCAAUUCGGAGCCGUAAAGGGAGGAACCUCCGAGGACACAAAGGACGUCCUCUAUUUCAUGGGGGGAGAUCCCAGCACACCCGCUAGUGUGUACCGAUGGAGCCUAGAAAAGAAAUCCGACGCCACCAUCUUGGCGACUUCCUCCACCCUCAAGUUCGAUGAUUCGGUAAUUAGCAUCCCGCGGCAAAUCGAGUUCCCCACGACGCUUGGUACCGCCUUUGGCUAUUACUACCCCCCAAAGAAUGGAGCCUAUCACUGCACAACCGAGUCCGCUCCACCACUUUUGGUCAAGGCUCACGGAGGGUGAGUUUUUUGAAAAUGUUUGUGAAUUGUUCGAACAGGAAUUUUUGUCGUCAGCGUUUCGCAAGGAUUGUCUCGCGUUGUGUUCCGCUGGCGAUCAAGAAACCAUAGAUCGGAUCUGAUGUACUUUUUUCUCUCCAGCCCCACGGGUGCGACAGGCACAAUGUUCAAUGCGGGCAUUCAAUACUGGACCUCUCGUGGGUUUGGCAUCUUCGACGUCGACUACGGUGGUUCCACCGGUUACGGACGCGACUACCGCCGACGGCUGCGGGGCAGCUGGGGCAUCGUCGACAUCGACGACGUCUGCAACGGGGCCGAGCACCUCGUGAACGAGGGCCUGGCCGACGGAGACCGUCUGUGCAUCGACGGAGGCAGCGCGGGUGGCUACACGACGCUGGGCGCCCUGGCCUUUCGGGACGUCUUCAAGGCGGGUUGCUCGCUCUACGGGAUCGGGGACCUGACGGCGCUGGCCGCGGACACGCACAAGUUCGAGUCCCGGUACCUCGACGGACUGAUCGGCCGGUACCCGGAGGACGAAGCGGUCUACAAGGAGCGGAGCCCCAUCGAAAGCGUCGACAAGCUCUCCUGCCCGAUCCUGCUCCUGCAGGGAGAGGAGGACAAGGUCGUUCCGCCCAACCAGGCCGAGAUGAUGUACGAGGCCCUCAAGCAAAAGGGAAUCCCCGCCUGCCUGAAGAUCUACGAGGGGGAGCAACACGGAUUCCGAAAGGCGGAGAACAUCGAGGACGCCCUCGACAGCGAGCUCAGUUUCUUCGGAAAGGUGUUUGGAAUCGACGUGCCGGAUUCUAUUUCGUUGCAGGUCGACAAUAUGUAAAAAACUAAGAAAAUAAAACGUAAAACACAUG